CCUUGAGAUCAGAGCUAACUGUGGCUGCUGCUGUCUUAGUGCUGUUGGUGAUUGUGAUAAUUUCACUGAUUGUCCUGGUCAUCAUAUGGAAACAGAAGCCCAGGUAUGAGAUCAGAUGGAGAGUCAUUGAGUCCAUCAGCCCUGAUGGCCACGAGUACAUUUAUGUGGACCCAAUGCAACUGCCUUAUGACUCCAGAUGGGAGUUUCCUCGAGAUGGGUUAGUGCUUGGUCGGAUCCUUGGUUCGGGUGCAUUUGGAAAAGUGGUUGAAGGGACUGCAUAUGGAUUGAGUCGCUCCCAACCGGUGAUGAAAGUAGCUGUGAAAAUGCUGAAACCUACUGCUAGAUCCAGUGAAAAACAGGCACUCAUGUCUGAAUUGAAGAUAAUGACACAUCUUGGCCCCCACCUGAAUAUUGUGAAUCUGCUUGGAGCUUGUACAAAAUCAGGUCCUAUUUACAUCAUUACUGAAUACUGUUUUUAUGGCGAUCUGGUGAACUACCUGCAUAAGAAUAGGGACAAUUUCCUGAACCGACACCCCGAAAAGCCCAAAAAAGACUUGGAUAUCUUUGGGAUGAACCCCGCUGAUGAAAGCACAAGAAGUUAUGUGAUACUAUCGUUUGAAAACACUGGAGAAUACAUGGACAUGAAACAAGCUGAUACCACUCAGUAUGUGCCAAUGCUGGAAAGGAAGGAGGGCUCUAAAUACUCUGAUAUUCAGAGAUCUGUGUAUGAUCGGCCUGCUUCCUAUAAGAAGAAAUCCAUGUCAGAAUCAGAAGUCAAAAACCUUCUUUCAGAUGACAGUUCAGAGGGCCUCAGCCUAUUGGAUUUGCUAAGCUUCACCUACCAGGUUGCACGGGGAAUGGAAUUCUUGGCUUCUAAAAAUUGUGUGCACCGUGACUUGGCUGCUCGUAAUGUCCUCCUGGCUCAAGGAAAAAUUGUGAAGAUCUGUGACUUUGGGCUGGCUAGAGACAUCAUGCAUGAUUCCAACUAUGUCUCCAAGGGCAGUACUUUCCUCCCAGUAAAAUGGAUGGCACCUGAAAGUAUUUUUGACAACCUGUACACAACAUUAAGUGAUGUCUGGUCUUAUGGCAUUCUGCUGUGGGAAAUAUUUUCUCUUGGUGGCACACCUUAUCCUGGCAUGAUGGUUGAUUCUACUUUCUACAAUAAGAUCAAGAGUGGAUACCGAAUGGCCAAACCUGAUCAUGCCACCAAUGAAGUGUAUGAGAUUAUGGUGAAGUGCUGGAACAGUGAACCAGAGAAAAGACCUUCUUUCUACCAUUUGAGUGAAAUUGUGGAGAGCUUGCUGCCUGGAGAGUACAAAAAGAGCUAUGAGAAGAUUCAUCUGGACUUCCUGAAAAGUGAUCACCCAGCUGUCACACGCAUGAGAGGGGACUCUGACAAUGCUUACAUUGGUGUAACUUACAAGAAUGAAGACAAGCUAAAGGACAGGGAGAGUGGAUUUGACGAGCAGAGGCUGAGUGCUGACAGUGGAUACAUCAUUCCCCUGCCUGACAUUGACCCUGUUUCUGAAGAUGAGCUUGGCAAAAGGAACAGACACAGUUCACAGACAUCUGAAGAAAGUGCCAUUGAAACUGGUUCCAGUAGCUCCACCUUCAUCAAGAGAGAGGACGAGACCAUUGAGGACAUUGACAUGAUGGACGACAUUGGCAUCGACUCCUCAGACCUGGUGGAGGACAGCUUCCUGUAAGGCACGGCCGCCCGCCAGCUCUGCACACAGGGAACCUUCCCCAGCUCUCCACAGACUUCUGCUCCACACAGAAAACCACUUUAUUGCAACGUCAAGGAUGUGAAGAGGAGGUGGAUUUGUAGAAAGGAACGCCUAGGAAUGGGCAGAGGACUCAGCCUGAGUAUAAAUGAAAGAGACAUGUUGAAGAUGGAUAUUUUAGUGUUGCUUCUUGCAGUACUUCAGUAGCAUCUCAGUGUUGUUUGCCAUUCCAGCUGGUAGGAGGAUGAAGAGAAAGGCCACAAACAGACUGGUUUUGUGUUUCAAGGGCAUUCAUAUGACUUUGAUGGAUCAAUUUUCCACUGCAGCAAUACUUCACCAUUGUAAUUAUGUAAAUAACUGACUACUCAAGGAUCUUUUGAGGUGCACAUUGAACAAAUGCCAUGGAUUUUAGAAGAGGUCAUUCAUGAAUUCUGUGUACUUCCUCCCUCAAUCUCAAUGUCAGCUGCUGUUGAACUAUCAUGUGAAUUGAAGAACAUGUGAAAACCACUUUUGGACCUAAAAGGUCUAAAACCACAAGGGACUGACCAGUACUAUAAAACAUGUUACUUUCCACCAUUAAUGCAAGUAAAGGGGAAUAAUAAUGAUAAUAAUAAUAAUAAUAAUGAUAAUUAAAAUUCAGUCUAUAAUAGAUGUUAGAAACCUAGUAAGUCUUUAUUAACUAUAGAAGGUAGCUGUUUUCAAAAUAAUACUACUACUGUUUUCAGUAACACUAAAUGUAUAUUUUACAAUCCAUUGUCCUUCAGUAAAAGCACAAUAUCAAAACACUUUUUUAAGUUCAGGGGAGAAAUUUCCAGCCCCAAAAAUUUUAUGAAUUUUUUUUUUUAUCUACACCGAAUAGUAAUUGUUUUGGUUAGCUAAAACUACUUUAACAUGGAGAAAAAAUUUAAGAUUUUUUUCUUUCAUGAGCUGAGUAGCUUUUCUAAUCAGAUGUACUAGAAGCAAUUAGUUUUCCUCUGAUUAAGUGGGGUCCUAAAAAUUUCAAUUAAAAAAAAUUAUACCAGAUUUCUAAGAUGCUGGAGAAUGGAAGAUUAUGAUAAACCACCAGCAAUACCUCAUUAUUAGUGUUUCAUGGUACUCAAAAGAAAUCUUAUCCUGAGGUUAGCUGUGAAGAAUUGAUUUGAUAUUUAAACUGUUCAAGAAACAAAGAUAUUUCUCCUAGCCUGAAAUGCAACUUCAAAUAAGCAAAAAUAAAUAUGCAGAAAAUAUUCUUGUCUUAGUUUUCAAAUUUAAACAGGAGCAAAAAUCUCGACCAUCUUUGCAGACUGUAACUACAAAAGGUAAAUGCUUUGAGGAGUGUUUUUUGGAAAAAAGUGCAUGAAAAUGAAUCUGCUCUCAGCCUGCAAUUGUUGAUUUUUGACACCACUUAUAUGAACAAAGUAUUAUGAUUACUGCUAUCACUGUACAAUGUGUUAUUGAGAUAUGACGCUUUGAAAGACUUACAUGUGAAAAAUAUUAUAUCACUGCCAAGGGCUCAAUCCUUUCUGGUACUCAGCUUUCAAACUUUGCCUUAAUUCAGUGCAAUGAGCACCUCGCAGGAUAUGCCCAACCUCUGCUACGAUCCAACCAAUGCAAAUGUGGUGCAAACUCAUCCCUGUGUUGAAGUAUUUUCCUAGGAAGUGUGAAAGAGUGACUGACAGAACAUGCUCCCAUGUUAAACCACAGUUUACCUUCAAAUAGCCCUACAAAAAGCUUCGUAAGUCCCCUUGACUUCACUUGUGGACAGCUACAGAUCAAACAAAAGCAAAUGCAAUUUUGGCAGUGUUACAGUGUGGGACACUGCACAAAUCAUUCUGGGUCUGAGUUUCAAGCUGUCACCUGGCUGAGGCCAUGCACAAGAUCACAGCAAAUGUGGAAACAGGACCUGAAGCAAGCCCCCCACAUUUCAACCCCGAUGAAAGCUGACAAUCAGGAGGAAUGGUGAUUGAUGGUGCAUCCUCUACUUCUUGCAUUUGACAGAUCAAGAACAAGUGUCUUCCUGGGACCAUGCUUUUGCCAAACACUGAGCUCUGUAUGGGGACAACUGUGAAACAUAGACUCUUGGUACAGCCAGGACAGAUGAGAUGGUGUGAAAUCUCCCUCCAGUUAUGAACCAUGAAUUGAGGAAAUGCAAAUUGUCUAUGGAUAUCCCAGAUACCUGAAUGGCCACUCGAGAUGACAUGUGCCUUAAUUUGCAUGCGUGGUCUUUACAACUACACAUUCAAAUUAGGCAAGAUUCACCUGCGUUUUUGCACAUGGCCUGGUGUUCUUCAGGGUUUGAAAAUCAGCCCCAGCAUGUUUUAUUAUGUCAGUUACUGGAAUCUAAGGACAUUUUCAUGCAGCUUUGCCUUCCCCUCACCAGCCUCAUUCUGCAUCUCACAGUGCAUCUCAGGCUAGACUCAGCCAAUGAACCAGAGCUGGCUCACUUUCUGGUACAUGAUAAUGUUAAUUCCCCAUCUUGUCAUGAGUAUUGUACAGAUCAAUUGCAUCCCUGGCAGGGGUCUAGCCAAACCCAGCUCACUGCAGGCUUGGAAUCAGACAAGCUGGCCUGGAAACUGGAAUGAGAAGAAGAGGAAGAGAGAGGAUUUAUUAGAGAGGGAGAAGUGUGAAAGGAUGAGAAUGAAUUGUUUAGUUUCACAAUAUUAUCAGUAUUACAGACUUUUUUUUUUUAUGGCUUACUUUUUGAGAAGCCACUGGAAGAGGUAUUCCCAAACCUUUUGCUACAGUAAUUGUAUAACGACAAUCAGUGUUAUCCUACAAAAUGCAGCUUUUGAUUUGGAAUGGCCAACCAAUUCCUUACAGCGUGGUCUGCGACUUGUACAAAAUGGUCCUAUUACAUGAUGAAGGAUGUGAGAUAUGAUGAUGUUAUACAUCAAUAUGUAUAUAAGUAUUUUUAUAUAGACUUCUAGAAUACUGCCAAAACAUUUAUGACAGCUAUAUCACUGCCUUUGUUUAUAUUUUUUUACUGUGAUAUAUUCCACAGGCACGUUAACUGUUGCACUUUGAAUGUCCAAAAGUUAUAUUUUAGAAUAACAAAAAAGGAAGUGUUUCCAAAAUGAUGGCUGUUGUGAAAUGUUUGAAGAAGGGCAAACUGGCCUGAAUGAUGGUAGGCACAAAAUGUAUUUCAAAAAUGCCCCUGUUGAUAUUUUGUCUUUGAAAAAACCUUGUAAAUGAAGAUCUUUAUAUUUCAAUAAAUGAUAUAUAAUUUAAGGAUA